UAUGGCGCACAAGUUCAUGAUCGAAGCGGUGGAAAACAAAAUGUCCAAGCACCUCCAAAACGAACUGAGAAUCAGAUCGCAGGCCUGCAUCGUUUUGAUACACUCUGUCGAAAAUCUCGAAUUGCGGAUCAAAGAGCUCAUAGAACAAAAUAUGAGACUAAGAGAUAAAGUGGUGGAGGAACAAGAAACAGGUAAAAGAUACCAAGAGGAGCUACUCAGAAGCCAAAAGAGAUGCACGGAAAUCGAGAGCUGGUAUAACGGAAAUCAGGACAGCAUUGUAAAAAAACUUCAAGAGGAAAAGGAAGAAUUAGAUAAAGAAGUGCAACAUCUAAAGAGAGACCUCUCCAGUCUGAACAUACCUAAUGGUAACCAGGAUGCAGAUAUUUUAGAAUUAGGGAUGGAGCUCUCACGAACCAAACAAGAACUUGAAGUAUGUAAGGAAUCUAUGAUAGUGCUACAAGAGGAGAAAGAAUCAUUAAAAUACGAUUUACAUGUGGUUUCAAAUAAAAUAGCCGCAAUACAGGUGAAAACUGAAUUUGAAGAAAUGCGAAGAAAUGAGCACGAAAACUCUUCUAUAUUGCAUGACCUAGAUGCUAUUCGAGACCAACUCCAAAUGUACCGAGAAAAUUGUACUGGAUUAGAAAAUGAGGUAAAGAUAUACAAGGAAAAGCUGGAUAUUUGUAAUGAGGAAUUAGCCGCCACAAAAAAUGAAUUUGUCGAGUUUAAGGAAAUCAAUAAUGUUGAAAAAAACGAAAUGGCCAAAAUUGAGAAAUCUUUAUCCGACUCAAAAAUGAAGCUGGGAAAUUCCGAAGGAGAUCUGAAAGACCUAAAAGCUGAAAACCUUUAUUCUAAGCUGCGCAUUCAAGAACUAGAGGAGAAAAUAUGUCGGCUUGCAAAGCAGAAGGACGAGUCAGGCCUUGACCUCCAUAAAACAGACAAUUUGAAAGUAGAAUCAAAACCAACACCAAAAGAAAUUGAUUUUGACCAGCAUAUUCAGGACCUAGAGGCGGGAAUAUCGUUGAUUAGUCGAAAGCUUUCUGAAUCAGAGACAGAGUUAUGUCGGAGCCAAUCACAGGUUGAAGAACUAAGUCUACAAUUGAAGGAAUCGCUUAAUAAAAUAGCAGAAUUAGAGUCACGACCCGGAAAUGAGGCGAAGGAAGGCAAUGCAGAUGCUAAUUCCCUUCUCCAACAAGCAAAAAGGCAGACGACUGCGAUUCGUUUUACGCUUCAGAGAAAAGAAAAAGAAAACAGAGACCUCGAGAUGAAGCUUAAGGAAACUCGCGAAGAGAUGCACAUAAUGGAAAUCCAUGCAAACGUUUGCGAAGCGGAGAGAUUUCAACUAAGAGAAAACUUUGAGAAAGAAAAAGAGCAACGUUCUUAUCUGCACGACGAGUACCAAGCUUUGCAGCAAGGCAUUACAGAGCAAAGAAAAAGAGAAGGAGAACGUAAGAAAGAACUUGAAAAGAAGAAUGCAAUUAUUGCUGAGCUUAAAGCCAUGGCCGCCGGCAUGGAAUUGAAAUACCACGAGCUUUGUGAAAAACACACCGCUAUACAGGAGCUGCAAGAGCGGUUUGAAAAAGAAAACCAGGAAAUUGAAGAUGAUCUCUUGCAGACUCAAAGGGACAUGGCAGACAUGCAAGUGAAUUUCAAGCUGUCUGAGAACGAAAAAGAGCAUUUGAUCCGACAAUUUCAAACUGCGAAAGAAACCAUUGCUGACCUACAGUCCAAGUUCGAAUUGGCCGACCAAGGCUUUAAGGAGAAGCAACAUGAGCUUACUUUGACGAAACAACGCCUGGCAAGAAUGGAAGAAGAGCUGGAAGAAGCAUCUAAGAGUAAAUCAGAGUUAGAAUUCCAGCUAUACGAAAGUAGUGCGAAUGCUAUAAGGAAAGGCGAAGAGGACAUCAAUCUAGAGAACCAGUUAGAAGACCUUCAUAGAGAAAAUGAAGGACUUCGGCACCAAAUUUCGGGAGAAGAGCUUUUCGUGGAGGGACUCAAGGAUAAAAUAUGCUCCUUAGAAACUGAUCUAGCCACCCUUAGGACUGACAUGUCAUAUACAGAAUCCUUACUUGACACUAAAGAAGAAGAACUUAAGAGACUAACCUUGAAAUUGAAAAGUAGUGAAGAAGAAAUCAGGCGUCUGGCAGACAUGUGUGAAAACACAAUUCAAGAGAAAGGCAACCUUGAGAUUGACCUGUCGGUGGCCAGAAAGAAGAUUGAGACAUUGGAAUCUUUCAUCAAAGAAAAAGAAUACAAAGAGAGCAGUCUGGUGAGAACUCUCCAAGAAAAUCGCAGCAAAUUUGUCUACAAAGAGACAGACAUUGCUUCAUAUCGUUCAAAAAUUGCUUCAUUAGAGCUGCAAAAUGAGACUCUCUACAAAGAGAAGGAGGAACUCUGCAGCAAGGUUGAAGAACUUCAAGACAAAGCUUCCAUGAUGAAACAACAGCUAGAAGAAGUUUUGAUUUCAAGAGAUCAAACAAUCCGACGGCGGAUGGAACUAGAAGAAAAGGUUAUUGAAAUACAACAGGAUCUCGAUGAAUCUGCUAAGACAAAAGCACAACGUGAGGAGGAACUUCAGGAUCUAAGGAGCAAAAUCGUGAAGUACGAAGUUCAGAUCGAAUCUUUGAAAAGGCAGAAUGAAGAACUUCAAGAAAAAAUAGUUGAGACUAAUAUUCAGGUUGUUAACCAAAGAGAAGAACUGAUGAAAUUGGAAAUCACAGCAACCGAACACGAAAAACUGUUAGCGUGUGCAAAAUCUAAUUUGGAGCAAAAGACAAAAGAACAUGAACACUGCGAAGGCGUAAUGAAAGGUUUACAAGCCGACUUGAAUAAAGUGAAAAACGAACUGAUCACAAGCAAAAUAUCUCAUCAAUUUGCUUUGGACGAGAACAGCAGGCUAAGUAGAAAGAUCCAAGAGCAAGAGACAAAAUUGGGUCUUUUUGAACAAGACGUUUCUGAUGUAAACGAGGAAAACAAGCGCGUGAACAUCGAUCUGGGAUCUCAAACAGCAAAAGCCAACAGUCUUCAUAUCCAGUUAGGGUCUACUGCUCGUGAAAAAGAGCGUCUUAAAGAAGAUCUAAGGGUCGCCAAAAGUAAAGUACAUAAGCUUCAAGAGGACCUUAUGCUUGCAAAUAAUAAAGUUCGAGAAAAGGAAAGAAUUGCAGAGAGUUACAGGGUGGAAAUGUGCGAAAAGGACAGCCAUAUUGAACAACUUAAACACUUAAAAGAUUCCCUAGGAGAGAAAGUGCUGGCGCUGAGAAAGGAACUGCAAACCACUGCCUUCUAUCACGAAUCCAGCGAGUCAAAGUUGAAAACCACUCGAGAUGAAAUUUCGUCACUAAAACUUAAACUGAGCCAAUAUGAAGCGACUGUUGAUACUCUUUUGAAAGAACGAGACCAUAAAGACAAGGAAUACGAGGACUGUUCUCAACAACAGCAUUUUCAUCUAUUGUUGAAAAAGAGUGAAGAACAGCAAGCCAUUCUUGAAAAACAGAUAGAAAACAACAAGGCUAAGGUAACAAAGCUUGAACAAGACCUUAAAAUUUCUCGUCAAGAUUGUCUCGACUCUCAGUUUGAAAAUUCGAAAUCCCAACGACUCCUUGAGGACCUGAAAGUUGCAAAUAACCUGUGCGAUAAGGAGAGACGGAACUUACGUGAAGAGGUUUUGGAAGUAAACAGAACGUUAUCGGACUUGGAACUCAAAUAUGAGAAUGAGCAAAGAGACAACUUGGCCUUGCAAGCUCAGUUACAAGAGGCGAACAGCCGAAGCGCCUUAAAUCGAAAUGAAAUACUAAAGCUCAGCAAGCAGUGUGUAGAACAAAAAAUCCAGCUCGAUUCCUUAACCAAGGAGAAAGAACAAAAGAACAGCCACAUAGAAGAAAUGAAGUCUACAAAGGCUCAUUUAGAAGAAAAAUCUAUGGAACUGAGAGGCAAUCUGACAAGCGCACUUGGUGAGUGUGAGAAACUUCGAGGAGGUCAUCAACAGCUUCAAGACGAAAUUAUCACCCAGCAGAAGAUUAUUUCAAACCUAAAGGACCGUCUUCAAAAAACCUCAAAGGCUGAACAAAUUGCACAUGAGGAACUGAAAGUUAAAACAGCAGAAAUGGAGUCCCUAAACCAAGAGUUAGUGGAAGUAAGUAACGAAAACAAUGAUCUUAAGAUCAAAGUAAAAAGGCUAGAAAACAAUCUUGUAAAGCAACGUGAAGAUCUUUCUAUGGCUGAAAAUCAGAUUGCAGAAACUCAAAAGGUUUUGUCAGAGUACAAGACAGAAAUUGGAGGAAAGAUAACAGCAUUGACAACUUUGAAAACGGAAAACGGUGAACUGAAAGAGGAACUGUAUUUGGCAAACGAUUCACUGAAACGGAUGAAAGUUGAAAUGCAAGCUAUUCAGGAAAAUCAAGUGGUUAUUGAGCAAUCAUCUGUUCUGCAGAGUGGCUUGUACAAGGAUGAAUCAGAGAAUGAUAAUUCCGAGUUAAACCGAUUAAACGAGAGCUUGAGUGAAGCAGAAGUAAAUCUGCAGAAAAGCAUCGAAAGAGAACACACCUUACAAGAUCAGAUAGCAAACUUAGAGAUAACCCACUCUCAGUUCAAAGAAAGUAUACAAGCCUUGACAGAGAGAGAAAGGAUUCUGAUGAGAAGGAACGAGGAAUUACUGGAUGAAGUUGGCAUUGUUAACACUGAGAUGGCAAAAUCUCGCGAAGAAGCGAAGCAGGCACUUAAUAGUCUCGAGAUUACGCAGGAGAAGCUUGCUCAGCUUGAAGCACAAAAUGGGCGAUUGGAGGCUUCGCGAAGUCUUCUCACAAAAGAGCUAAAGGAAGAAAGAGGAAAAGUCGGGAAGGCAGAGGACGAGCUUCUUGAGGCACACUGCAAACUUCAGGAACUACAAGCUAAAUGGGAUUACAGUGCCAAGGCAACUGAGGGCAAUGAAACUGUUUUGGACACAGUUAUGUCCGAAAAGAAAGAUUUAGAAAAGGACACUCAGACACUGAGAGAUGAGCUUUCCUCUGCUCACGCCCUAAUGAAUGCGACCUUAAAGAAGAACAGGGAGCUAGACCAUGAUAAUUUUCUUUUAAAGAAAGCUAUAGCAGAAUUUGAAACAAGAAAAGAAGGCAUCGAGGAGGAACAGAGAGAACUCAGUAAGAUUUUGGCACAGCAUCAGAAAAUAAUUAAGGAGCUUCAACACCAAGUGCAGCAGAAACAGAAGGAAAUUGCUACUUUGCGAGAGGAGUUAGAAAAUGAACAUCUCAAAGUGGCCGAGGCUAGAGAGGAGUACGAUAAUGUGUUAAAGAAUUUGUCGCAGUUCAAAGGCGGAGUCAAAGAUUACGAGAAAGCAAUGUCAGAAAAAGAUGCUCAAGUGUUACUCUUAGAAAACUUAAAAAACAAUCUGGAGAGCGAACUGAAGAGGGAAGUUUUGAAAAGCAAAGAAACCCAAGAAAGGCUAAAAGAAGAGGAAGAGAAACUCAAGAGAAUCAUCCAAGAGAAUGACAAUCUGAUUUCCGAGUUCAAGCUCAGUAUUUUGAAAAUGAAAGAGAGAAAUGAUAAAUUGCAGGCCGAUGUGGCUGACUUAAAACAAAGCGCAAGUGAAAAGGAUACUCAGCUUCACAACGCUCAAAAAGAAGCCAAAAGGUUGAACAGCGAGUUCCUUUCUCAAGGCUCGGUCAUUGCAGCGCUCCAGACUAAAAAUAACGUUACGACAGAGGAAAAUCAAAGCCUUAAAGAUGAAUUGAAUAAAUUGAAAAGUAAUUCUUCAGAACAACAAAUCCAGGUAGAGGCUUUACGACAUGAGAAUGAAAGGCUGCAGAAGAAAUUAAACGAGAUUCAAGUUCCAAAGAGUCCGUUACUGAAAAGGUUGCAGACACCUAAGAACACAAUGGAACCUGAUCUGGUAAGCCUUAAGAGGCUGAUAGAGCUUGAAAAUGCAUAUCAGAAUCUUUCUCUAGAAAAAGAAAAUAUCCAAAGCAACAAUACAAGUUUGGAAGAAAGGAUCUUACAGCUUGAUGAAGAAAUUAAUUCCUACAUUGCAAGUAAAGAUUCCUUAGAGAAAGAGAUGGUUUGGAAAGAUAAACGGAUAACUGAGCUCGAACAGUUGUCAAGAAAAGCGGAACACUCCGCGCAACUCAAUCGAAAUGAACUGCAAACAGUUUCUAUGACCAUGAAUGAAAUGGAACGGGAGCUGAAUUCGGCUCAAAACGCCCUAAAUGGAUUAGAAGAAUGUAAUGCCACUUACGAAGAGACGAUCAAGCAUUUAGAGGGUCAACUAAUUGGGCUUCAACAGAAGAACUCUCAGUUGGAAAAAUCUCUGGAAAACAGUCAAAGCAAGUUUAACUCUCAAAGGAAUGAAUUGAUGAAUGCGCUCUCGAGAGUUUCUGAUUUGGAGAGUGCGAAAAAAUCAAAGGCAAGUAGUAAUGAUGAGCUUCUUAUAGACUUGCAGUCCUGUAGAAACAAAGUCACGUCGCUUGAAGAGGAACUAUGUGCUUCUGCUAGAGAACAAGUGAAGGCAAAUCUUACUGUCAGAGAAUUGAAAGAGAAAAACGCAAAACUGCAAAAUGACUUGCAACAGAUACAAAGUCAGCUGAGGGAAGAGAAGCAAGACCGUGCCAUGAAUGAAAAGGAAAUUCGAGAGAAAAAUGAGGUCAUGAAGAAACUGCAGCGAGAAAAUCGUGAGCUUGAAAACGAAAUUACGGAAGCAUCCAAAGAAUUGAAUGCUAAGGCAGCCGAAAGUCUCACUAUGGUAAACAAGCAGGAGGAAACACAAGAGGAAUUAGAUGCUUUGGGAAAGCAAAUUCGAGAGCUUGAGUCGCUUCUUUUGAGAGAGAAAGGAGAAAAUGAGAAGUUAAGGUUGGAAACGUCUGCCACUCGUCAGCUCUACAGCGACUUGAAAGCUGCUUACGACAACCUUCUUGAAGAAAUAAACAGCUCCCAAGACCAAUUGGAAGACAAAGAAUUAAAAAAAUCUGUUGAACUAAAAAAAUCGUCCAUUGAAAAAGAUCAAUUGAACAAAGAGAUUCAAUUAUUAAACAAGAGGGUGUCGAUGUUCAAAGAAAACAACGAGAAAAUUCAGCGAGAAAAGAGAGAAUUGGAAAAGAAGGUGAAGAUGAUGCAGCAACGACUCUUAAUUUUAGAAGCAGAUGAAAAGACUGUUGAGACCAUAAAAGCGCUGCAGACAGAGCUCGAGGAAAGUAAACAGAAGAUUUAUGACCUCAAUGCGAUGUACGAGGCCGUAAGGUUGGAGCGAGACAACCUUCGCACGGAGAAUAUAAAGCCAACGUCAUCGAGAGGGUUUGCAAGAUACCAGCCAAAACUGAGAGAAGCCAGUGCAUGUUUAGAAAGUUUGACUCAGCAUUCUAAACUUCAUGAACAGGCUGCCGCUAAAAAAGAUAUGUUGGAGUUGCAAGCGAAGGCGAUGUUACUUGAUGAGAAAUUGAGAGAAGCUCGAGAGCGACUUGAAGGAUUAAAAACUCUUCCACCAAAAAGUGACAAGAGCAUGUCUGAGAGUACAGAGAGUGGCUCUGACGAAACGAGUGAGGAAGACGAAACGCAAGAAACGGGGCAACGCAAUGGCGUUGUGGAUGGCCCUUCACAGGAACCAGACUCUUAA